AACGCUCUUUUCAAAACGAGGUCGUUGCAACAGAUCUGCCUUCAUUUUGUGGAUCUCAAAAUGGCGGAAAAAAAGAAGAAAGAGUCUAUCUUUGACUUAUCAAAGUACAUGGACAAAUCAGUCCGAGUGAAGUUUAGUGGAGGGAGGGAAGUUUCUGGUGUUUUGAAAGGAUUUGAUCAACUUUUGAAUCUUGUACUGGAUAACACCACAGAGUAUGUUCGAGAUGCUGACGAUUCAUACAAGUUGUCUGAUGAAACUCGAAAGCUCGGCCUAACUGUUUGUAGGGGCACUGCUGUCGUGCUUAUAUGCCCGUUAGAUGGUAUGGAGUCGAUAUCCAACCCAUUUUUGCAGCAAGAGACCUAAAUAGACUCAAUUUUUUGGGUUUAAAGAUUUGAGUUAUGGAUGUAGGAUGGCUGAUAAAGGAACUGGAGGAUGUUAUAGAGAAAAACAGUUGAAAGGAAGGGGACAUUUAGGCCAGUCACUUUGUUGCAAAGGAUCCGCCAUUUUGAAUUUACAAAAGACGCACUGUUGGGUCUCUAAUAAUAAGGAGUAAAAGUUAGAAGUUGAGUAGACAGGGGUUAGGGUCAGCGGGGAAUUGGAGUAAGACGGGGGUUGUAGUAAGGUGGAAGUUGAAGCAAGCAGGGGGUUGGAGUAAGACUGGGGGUCAGAUUUAUCAGGGGGUUGGAGUAAGCAGAGAUGUACAGAGAGAAAUUGAAUUGGAAAACCUUCUUUAACUUAUUAAAUGAAGCCCUUGAAAAUAGUUGGUGAGUGAUAGAAAGUGCGUCAAUAAACUAUUGAAGGAAGAAAUGUUUAUAUAAAAUCAUACAUUAGUGGAAAGCUAACAAUGAACUUUCUCUCUAUAUAUAAAAGACUCAUUUUCGCUGAUAGAUGAUCUUUAGACCAGGGUGAGAGGGAUGAUUAUUAGAGACCCACGUGUGUAGAUGUUUUUAUUUAAAGCUUUAAUUGUAUUGGAACAGAUUUGUACAAGAAAGCAAAGAGAUGCCAGUGA